GCUUAAGGACAUGACCACAGUUCCUAAGAUAUCUGUAAGGAGUUCAUUAAAGUGCUUAAAAAUGUGGAUGGUUCAGGAAGAAGAUAAGAAAAAAGGCAAAAAACCACUGGCUUAAGAAGUGUCAUGUAAAUGAGAUGAGGAAACCUUUGUCUCCUGCCUUAUCUAGACAUCCUAUCCUCCUCCCAUUCCCAAACCUCAAAAAAGAAUAAGAUAUAUACAAUAAAUUAAAGCAUUCCAUGAAAAGGAUCAGUGAAAAUUGGAGGACAUCUAAUUACCAUUAUUCAGGACAGCAGACAGUACAGUACAAAAGGGCAAAUUGAACGCUCAUGGAUGAUUUGGAUUUUUCUGAAGAAACAACUGAAAAGGAGCGAGAGGACUUACCUUAUGAUGGGAACCUGAUAGAGAAGACUGAGCUGCUCCAUGCCCACUGUGAGGAGAUUUUUCCCGUAAUAAAGGAUACUUCUAGGGCUUUCCAACAGCCAAUCUUUUCAUACACAGAAAUGCCUCAGGAAGAUACUCUAAGAUGUGCGAAUGACACUUUCUCUGAAACUUCUGUAAUUAAAAGGUGCCAUAAAGAAGAACUAUACACUGAAUUUUUUCACAUUCCAACUACUAAUGGGGGGCCUUCAAACUCAAAAAUUUCUAACGUUUUACUCCAACAUCCAUCCAAAAAAGAGUUUUCAAAUGCCAUCCAGCCUGUUGCUUGUGAAACUUUCCCUGAACUAUCAUUUGGAAGUUUUGAUGAAACUAUCGUUAAAAGCCUCAUUCUGCAUUGUAGUGAGAGUUCUUUGUCAAGAGAACCAAACACAGAAACCUCUGACCAGCUCCUCCAUAAAAGGAAUUUGAUCUGCAAUCAGUUGAGUCACAGACAACUUACAAAGAAUGAAAGUAUUUUUGAUUUUGAUUUUGAAGAAUCAUUGACUCCUAGAGACUGCUUUCGAGGAAUUCCUAAUUUUAUAGAUGAAAUCAGAAGCCCAAAUUAUCUACAAACAAUAUGUAGAGGGCAGACACCCCAGCAAUCUCUGUUUGAAAAACUUAGUUCAGACAGUGGACUUACUUAUGGCCAAGAUCAAGUUUAUGAUCUUCCUAAUUUCUCUCAAGUUGCUCCCCAAAUCAGAAUGUCUAAACCUAAUAUCCAUCCUAGAUUGGCAACCAUAGUUCAACAAACCAAUUACUCUCCUAACUUGAGUGAGAAAUCAGCAAUUGUGCAAGAUGGUUUAGAAAGCAUAGCUACAAAUUUUCUUGACAGAAAGCCCCAAGAGAAUAAAGAAGAAACUACUGAGUUUAUGCAACAGGUAAAUGUAGAGCCUCUCCUGGAUGUUUCAGAAAGAACUCUUUCAGGAUUAACAUCUGAGACAAAUGUCUUAGAGUUAUCAACUACUGAAGAGCAGUUACCUUCAAGUCUGUCACAAUCACUUAAAAAAACAACAAAAGGGGACAAUGUGUGUCAGGAGCUAACAGAACAGACCAAGAACCUGAAAACUAAAAUAGAAGAAUUUUCUAAAAGAAUAAACCAGGAUUGUACCCCAUUAGAAGAUAAUAAACAGGUACUGGAGAAAUUGCAGGGUUACCUUGAUGUGCUGGAGCAGAGCUAUUUGUCGACCAAAGAAAAACAUCAAAAUUUACAAAACUACGAUAAAAAAACAGGAUUUGGAGAGUUUGAUCCAGAAAGAAAAGUUGAAGGUGAAAUUUUUAAGGUUGAAAUGCUCCUUGAAAAUGUCAGAGAAAAAAUUGAUGAAAGCACAUCCGGUUCUUUUCUUCCACGUUCCUCUGAUACUCUGGAUGUCUUGGACUUUGUAUUAUGUCCGCUCCCAAAUGAGGUCCCAAUACAAGAAAAUGGGUAUGAUCCUUCAGGAAAAUCUGAGCAUGAAAUAAAACUUCUUGACCUUGGGAAACAAGGUCAAGCAAACACUCUCAUCCCUUUUCUCAAGGAAAAGGAUGCAAUCAUUAAUAAGAAAGAAGUCAUUCCAGCAAAGAUCCAGGAGACUCCCUUACAAGAUUGCUUUUGUGAACUCUACCCACAGAUCUACCUAGGGUUACCUAAGAGAGAUGCUGCUUUUGAUGAAGACGCUUCGAAGCUUGCUUCCAAGGAAGAACUUGUAAUGCUGUCUCGGCUGAAGACAGAUCAGCUGGCGGUGAAGCUCUCAUCAGAUUUAAUGAGGGCCUUCUCUUCUCUGGAGUCUGACGAUGAUCCUGGAAGCUUGGAGUCCAUUAAACAAUCUAUAUUGAGACAAGAUUGGCACUCUAAUCAUGAACUCCCUGAAAGUUCCAACCAUACAGAGUAUUUAUUGCUGAAGAAGGACCAGGGUUGGGACAGAGACCUCAGGAACCAAAAAAAGGAGAAAAAAAAUGACUCCAGAAAAUCCAAAUGUGGGAGGUUUUCAGUCAUCAUUCAAGAAAAAGCGAUGAAUCUUAAUAUAUCUGAUUCCACUUACUGUACAGAUGCAGGAGAUAGCAUAUUCUCAGACUCCUCUGAUACCUCAAAAGCUGGUGAAUGUAUAAAUUGUAGGAAUAAACACCAAAAAUCACGGGAAAAAGAAUUCCAUUAUAAAUACAACUGCACAGGUCAGAAUCCUUUACAUUUCAGUGAAUGUGAUGGCUUUAUCCGGUUCUGUUCUUUAGGCAGAAAUGAAAGUUUUACUUCAGUUUCUACACAUCAAAAAUGGGAUGAAAAUCUUGUUGAACAGCCAAAAAAUGAACAUUCAAAGGGGUCUGAGAAAAGCAAGGCUGUCUGUUCACAACAGAAAAAACACCAACCCCUGAGAAUUACUGCUAGAUCCUCCCAAGGUCAAGAUGAAAUGAUCCUUGCUGAGAAACGGAAUCUUAAGUCUUCCAAAUACUGCUCAGGCAUCUGCGAUCAAAUUGCAAACUCUCCCCAUUACCACUCCUGUAGGAUUUCUGGAAGCAAAGCCCUGUACAGCAUCCAAAACAGAAAUGAUUCUGAGAUUUUAAAUUCUGCUUUGGAUUAUGCCCUAAGGACUGCCAUCACUUUAAAAGAAACGACUGAACAAAUGAUACAAGUGAUUGCCAAGGACCUUGCCAAAGCCCAAGGUCACAGAAGCCACCAGAAGUUCUAGUUAUAACACAGCCAAUAUAUUAAAAGAAAAAAAAGAUGUGAAG